AUGAGAAAUAGAAGCAGUGCACCACAAGUAGAAGAUGUUCCUGAGUUGAUGCAACAUAUACAAUCAAAGUUGUCGGUAAAAGAAGCGGCCCGCACCAGCUUGUUGUCAAAGUCAUGGCUACACGCUUGGUCUACCAUCCCUACCCUCAGGUUUCAAGUUCUCAAGAAACAAAAUGUAACGCGCAUGAAAUUAGUGGAUGUGGACAGGACUCUGAUAAGGUAUCUCCGUGAUAACAUACCAAUCGAAAAGUUUGAGCUUUAUAUCGAGAAUGAGAACCAAGAGUCCGCUUCUCAUGCUAAAAAAUGGAUCAGAGCCGUGGUGACCAAAACAUGUCUCAAAGAGUUUUCCUUCUCCAUCCGUAUUCACAGUGCCACGUUUACAUUGCCAGAUGAGAUACUCUCGGGUAAAAACCUAACUUAG